AUGAAGAACACCGACCCUGCUCUCCUCUUCCUCGACUCGGAUUUGACUGAGCUACGAAAGCCUGAGUCUUCGAUGAAUAAGUCACGUUUAUGGAAGUGCUCGCAUGCACAUUGUGACGCAAGGCCUUAUUCGAGGAGAGCGCUGCUUUGUAGGGCGCUUGUUCGGCCCCUCUAUGCCCUCGUUUUCAUCUUGUACGUUUUUCGUUUCGCGAGCAAUUCAAUUCUAACAGUCUCCAGCGGUCUCUUCAGUUUCUUUACUUUCGCUUGGAGUGGUCUUUUCCCCUUUUUCGCGGAUGCUCGUGAUUCUCAUCUCUUCCCGAUCCUCCAGUCGAACUGGCGAACUCACGGCGUUGAUCCGGUUCCUUGUCAUUCCCACAACGACUACUGGCGCCGUGUUCCGCUCUUUUCUGCCCUUGAGGUUGGCUGCAUUAGUGUCGAAGCGGACGUCUGGUUGCACGAUGAUGAUCUCCAAGUCGGACAUACACGUCAAACUGUGCUGCCAGGGCAGACAUUGCGCAGUCUCUACCUCGAUCCGCUACUAGAGAUGCUCCAGAAACAUAACUUGAUCAUGAAUGGCUCAACAAUCCCAGCUGAACUCGUCGGCGUCUUCACUAGCGAUCCUACACAAACUCUCGUCCUUCUCGUCGACUUCAAAGGGACUGGAGAACUCAUCUGGCCUCAUCUGAUGGAACAGCUGCAACCCCUACGAGAAGGUGGAUACUUGACCUACUUCAACGGCUCGGAAGUCCUCAACCGCCCUAUCACAAUCGUCGCAUCGGGCGAUGCUCCCCUCGAGCAAAUCCUCAAAAGCACCACCCACCGCGACAUCUUCUACGACGCUCCCCUAGACGUCCUCGCCCACCCCACUUUCUCAACCGUCACGGAUCUCAAAAUGGACGGGUCCAUUUUUAAUGACCAUAAUAGCUACUACGCCUCCGUCGACUUCCACCGGUCCAUCGGUUCUCUUCCGCUCAGUCGUCUUUCGCAGGGUCAGCUCGCUAAGAUUAAGAACCAAAUACAAGUUGCGCAUGAACGGGGGUUGAAAGUCAGGUACUGGGGAACGCCGAAGUGGCCGGUUGGAUUGAGGAAUUACGUUUGGCGGGCGCUAGUUCGUGAGGGGGUGGAUGUGCUUAAUGUGCAUGAUUUGCAUGGCGCAACCAAGGUGGAUUGGAGGCCAAGGACUUGGUGGAAUUGA